AUGAAGCAAUGCUUUGAUAACGAUAUUGUAGAAUACGACUUUCAAAUAUUCUUAAAGAUUCGAGUAUUUCUUGAAGAAAAAAUAACAGAAGAGGUAAAGCUAGAAUCUGUCGCUUCUGAUAAAUUGAUAUAG